GUCAGGGGAGGACUGGGCUAGUGUGUUAGCAGUGGAGCUGUAGUUAUCAGCGUUUUUGGAGAGCUGCUGUUGCAGACAGAGCCACCCUACUUGUAUAUCCUUACAGGUGGCUAAGGCUGUAAUCCUGUUCAGCGUUCACUCUCACCUUGGAGUAAUCACCACUGAACUGAUUGAGAUUUACUCCUGGCAAACAUGGCUUCCAGCUCAAGUGUACUGUUGCGUCUUGUGGCCUCUGCAUAUUCCAUCGCUAAUAAAGCGGGAACGAUUGUCAGGAAAGUGAUGGCUGGAGGAGAUCUGGGUAUAGUAGAGAAGUGCGGAGCUAAUGACCUGCAGACCAAAGCUGACCGCCUGGUCCAGAUGAGCAUUUGCUCUUCCUUGGCACGGAAGUUUCCGAAGUUGACCAUCAUAGGGGAAGAGGAUCUUCCCUCUGAAGAAGUAAAUGAAGACUUACUUGAGGAUGGCCAAUGUGAGGAGAUACUAAAGAAAGCCUGUCCAAAGCAGUAUACUGCCAUCAAAGAGGAAGAGCUCGUGGUAUGGGUUGACCCAUUGGAUGGAACCAAAGAAUACACUGAAGGACUUCUUGAUCACGUAACAGUUCUUAUUGGAAUUGCUUAUGAAGGAAAAGCUAUAGCAGGAGUCAUUAACCAGCCCUAUUAUAACUAUGAGGCAGGUUCAGAUGCAGUCCUAGGCAGGACAAUCUGGGGAGUCCUGGGUUUGGGUGCCUUUGGAUUUCAGCUGAAAGAGAUGCCAGCUGGGAAACAUAUCAUCACCACCACACGGUCACACAGCAGCAAACUGGUGAAUGACUGCAUUAGUGCCAUGAACCCUGAUAGUGUGGUGAGAGUUGGCGGUGCAGGGAAUAAGAUCAUUCAACUUAUAGAAGGCAAGGCUUCUGCUUAUGUAUUUGCCAGCCCUGGGUGCAAGAAAUGGGAUACCUGUGCGCCAGAGGCUAUUUUGCAUGCAGUAGGAGGCAAGCUCACUGAUAUCCAUGGGAAUUUCUUUCAUUAUAACAAAGAGGUCAAGCAUAUGAAUUCAGGAGGUGUCCUUGCUGCCUUGAAAAACCAUGACUAUUAUGCCAGUCGAGUUCCUGAGACAGUCAAGCAAGCCCUUGUGCCAUAAAAUACAAAGGACGGUGCUUUCCACUUCAUUGGGAAAGUGUUGGAGAUAGUGUAUUAUUCUUAUCUGAAAUUGGUAACUGUUUAUGGAAUUGGAUGAAAGUGUCAUUCUGUCACAGUGCUUAGGCUGCAAUACUGUACACAAUUUCCUGGGACUAAGUCCCAUUGAACUCAGGAGGAGACAUGCACAGAAUUGCACUGUUAGUGGGUUUUGGGUUUUUUAAACAAAUUAUAUGCAGUAGUUUACUGGUUCAGGUGAGAAUGUGGUUUUCAGUUGGAAUAGUAGGUUAAUGUCUUUAAAUAGCUUAGAUCUCAAAGUUGUCCUGUCCCAUUAAUAUGUGUAGUGUUUGUAUUCCAUAUCAUUCCUAAACUAAAAUAUUGUCCAGUCCUAUUUCCUCCUGUGGAAGGGCACAAAAACUGUAAUUGAACCUCUCUUCCUUUAAAUGGUGCAAAAUGAGUAACCUUUGCCAUAGGUCCCCUUUAGAUGGGAAUGAUGAAGGGAGCAUAAUGUGAUGACCAGGGAGUGCAGUUGUGCUGCUUCCUCCACCUUUCAUAAGUAGAUAUCUGGGGGCUGGACCAGUAGCGUACCUGUCAUGUGAGGAGCCGUGCUCUUCACAGGAUGCUCUCUUUGGAUGAUUCGCACAUGAAGGAAUCUACAGAUCCCGUUCAGCUUUUCUGCACUGAAAACACACAGUAGUGCUGUUUGAAUGUUAUUGGGGAUGAGCUAGAGAGAGCAGGCACUCUGCCUGCAGCGUGUCUGCUUCUUCUGCUUUCACUCAACAACCCAGACUGCUGUUCAUCCAUGACAACCCAUUGUUUAUUUAAACUGAUAGGUUAUGUGUGAACCAGGUCACUAUGACUUGGGUUGGUUAAAUAUAAUUGAGAAUAAAAUUAUAAAUCCCAGUUCUUAUUUUUGUCAACUUUCUAUACAUGCAAGGAUGUUUGAUUAGGUUGGUUGAUUAAGGGUUUAUGCAGCCUUGCCUGACCUGGUGUCCUCCAGAUAUGUUGGAGUUCAACUCCUAUCAGCCCCAAUCAGCAUGGAGAUGCUGGGAACUGUAGUCCAAAGCAUUUGGAGGGCACCAAGCUGGAGGAGGCUGAUUUACAGCUUGUUCUCUGGGCCUGGUAAUAUUUAUUCCUGAACCAGGAAUGAAAGAUGAGUUCUUCUACUCCCCCUUUCCCUUUUAUUUCCACCUCACUCAUGCAUUCAGCUUGAAAGGAUACUUCCCUGUUUGUUAAACCACAAUUUUCUAUUUGAAUCAGGAAAUUAAUGUCUGGAUUUGGAAACUGAAUCUGAUCCUGGAUGACAUCCUGGUUUUUUAGGGAGCCCUUAGCUUAAAUCAUAGUUUCCUGGUUCACAAUUCAUGGGAAAGUGUUGUUUAACAUAACAGGCAGUCUUGUCUCAAACUGAGCAUUUAAGAGGUAGAGGGAAAGGGAGGGAACACUCAAACUAUCUUUGUUCUUUCUCUAUCAGACCACAUCUGGAUCAGGCCACUAUUUGCCCUAACCUUGCCAGACUCUGUUUAUGGUUACCACAGUAGGUUUCUUUGCAGGAUGUAUAGCUAUGGAACACUUUCCUAUAUGAAUGUUGAUUGCUUCUUUUAUAUAGUAGUAUUGAAAUUAUGUGGAUCUCCCUUUGUUUCAAAAAAAAAAAUCUCUUAUAAUAAAAACAAGCCAAA